CGUCACUUCCGCCCUUUUUCUCUGCGACGUGGCCGGCUUCUUCUGCCCAGAGAGCACGUCACUUCCGCCAGCUCUCUGACCUGCUGCUAGAAUCGCGACGGGAACUGGAACCCGAGGUCCCAGCGCGUCCGGGCCUCGCGCCCUAAGGGGAAGAGCGGCCCGGCUCAGCCAUGACGGACGGGAUCCUGGGGAAGGCAGCCACAAUGGAGAUCCCCAUCCACGGAAAUGGCGAAGCUGGGCAGCUCCCUGAAGAUGAUGGGCUGGAACAGGACCUCCAGCAGGUGAUGGUGUCAGGACCCAACCUCAAUGAAACUAGCAUUGUGUCUGGUGGCUAUGGGGGCUCUGGUGAUGGACUCAUCCCUACAGGGUCUGGCCGCCACCCAUCUCACAGCACCUCACCUCCUGGCCCUGGUGAUGAGGUUGCCCGGGGCAUCGCUGGAGAAAAGUUUGAUAUCGUAAAGAAAUGGGGCAUCAACACAUAUAAGUGCACAAAGCAGCUGUUAUCAGAGAGGUUUGGCCGAGGCUCCCGGACUGUGGACCUGGAGCUAGAGCUGCAGAUUGAGUUGCUCCGUGAGACGAAGCGCAAGUAUGAAAGUGUCCUGCAGCUGGGCCGGGCACUGACAGCCCACCUCUACAGCCUGUUGCAGACCCAGCAUGCACUAGGUGAUGCCUUUGCUGACCUCAGCCAGAAGUCUCCAGAGCUUCAGGAGGAGUUUGGCUAUAACGCAGAGACGCAGAAGCUGCUGUGCAAGAAUGGGGAGACGCUGCUAGGGGCUGUGAACUUCUUUGUCUCCAGCAUCAACACACUGGUCACCAAGACCAUGGAAGACACACUCAUGACUGUCAAACAGUAUGAGGCUGCCAGGCUGGAAUAUGAUGCCUACCGGACAGACUUAGAGGAGCUAAGCCUAGGUCCCCGGGAUGCCGGUACGCGUGGUCGGCUGGAGAGUGCCCAGGCCACUUUCCAGACGCAUCGGGACAAAUAUGAGAAGCUGCGGGGAGAUGUGGCCAUCAAGCUCAAGUUUCUGGAAGAAAACAAGAUCAAGGUGAUGCACAAACAGCUGCUGCUCUUCCACAACGCGGUGUCCGCCUACUUUGCUGGGAACCAGAAACAACUGGAACAGACCCUGCAGCAGUUCAACAUCAAGCUGCGGCCUCCAGGAGCCGAGAAGCCGUCCUGGUUAGAGGAGCAGUGAGAGGAGGCUCCCAGCCCACUUUGGCUAUCAAGAAGGACACUGGGUGGGGCAACCCCAGGGUGGAGGAGAAUGGACAUGGGAUGUCCUUUGCCACCUACUUGCUGGCUUGGGCCCCCCUUUCCUGGCUGGGCUCUUAACACCAGUUUUGCCCAUACUGCUGUGGUCUGAAGAGGGCCUAUAGGCCCAGAAGCUGCUGC